AGCUUGCGUCCAUGCUUGGGAGCUACUUGCUCUAACCUGUUGAAGGUCCCUAGUUUGUUAGACAAUUAUGGUCAACAGAGGUGCUGAUGGGAACGUGGUCAUGGAUUUUAAUCUGGAACACUGUGUCACUGAAGAAAAUUUACGUACUGUUUGGUUACAGUAUCAUUUGACGUCUUAUCUGUGCCUUCAAACUUUAUGUAUUGUACUAGCUGUUGCAUAUUGUUGAUGGAAUGUUAUGUCUGUGCCCAUAUCCUUAUCCCAUUCACCAAACUUAACUUAGCGCAGCUGAUUGAAGAAAUGCUGUGGAAUUUUAGCCAGCAGUCAAUCUGGUUAGAUCCCUUAAUUGUUUAUUUCCAUAUGCCUUCAUAAUAAAGUUAGAAAAUAUUUAAUAAGGUCAUUCUGUUUAUAAAUGUUCAACAAAUCAACAUGUUUAUUUUGCUAAAAUACCUAAAUGCUUUUUAUCAUUAGAAGGUGAAAAGUGAUAUGAAGGUGGAUUUUCUGUCAGUCAUAGACUUGAGUGGUAAAUGGUAAGUCUUCAGAGAUCACCUUUUCCUAAUAGAACUGAAUCAAACUAUUUUUGUGAUUGAAGGAAAGUUGUGUUGUAUGCAAGUUAUGUAAAUAGAGACAAUUGUAUGUAGAGUUUUAAUUUAAGGGAUGUUAUGCUCACUUUUUCAAAGCUAUUUUGUGCUACAAUUAAAAAUGGAAGAGGCGUAGAGAGGAAUACAAAUGGACUGUAAUAGCAAGCUCUGCUGUACCAUGGAUCCCUUGGUUUUGAGUUCUUAUAGACAGCAGUUGAAUCAGAGGAUGGAGAAGGGGAUGAAAUCUUCUCUUCUGAAGGCAGGCUGCUGGUGGACCCUUAAGAAGAAAUUGCUGCAGUUCUGUAAGUGGAUUUAACAGAAAGCAGCUGCAGCAGCCUGGAAAUUACCAUGGAAAAAAUCCUGAAAACAGAAUUGAAAACGUCCGUUCUGAAGGCGUUUGGAAGCUCAGGAGGAGGAUACAUUAGCCAAAGCCAAGGUUAUGAAACAGACAGUGGACGAGUAUUUGUUAAAAUCAACUACAAGCCUCAGGCUAGAAAAAUGUUUGAAGGAGAAAUGGCAAGUUUGGAAGCUAUUCAGAAAACCAAUAUUGUGAGAGUGCCUCAGCCUAUUAAAGUAAUUGACCUACCUGGAGGGGGAGCAAUGUUUGUCAUGGAGUACCUAAAGAUGAAGCACCUCAACAAAUAUUCUUCAAAGCUUGGAGAGCAGAUAGCAGAUCUUCAUCUUUAUAACCAGAAACUUGGAGAGAAAUUGAGAAAGGAGGGAAACACAAUUGGUAAAGGAGCUGGUCACUCUGAGUCUCAGUAUGUGGAUAAGUUUGGAUUCCAUACAGCCACUUGCUGUGGUUAUAUACCACAGGUGAAUGAAUGGCAGAGUGAUUGGCCUUCCUUCUUUAUUCGUCACCGACUCCAAGCUCAAUUAGAUUUGAUUGAAAAAGAUUACGGAGACAGAGAAGCCAGAGAACUUUGGUCACAGCUAAAAGUAAAGAUUCCUGAAAUGUUCUGUGAUGUAGAAAUCGUUCCUGCUCUCCUGCAUGGGGACCUGUGGGCAGGGAAUGUGGCUGAGGACGACUCUGGGCCAAUUAUCUUUGAUCCUGCAUCCUUCUAUGGCCAUUCAGAAUUUGAACUGGCCAUUGCUGGAAUGUUUGGUGGGUUUAGCAGCUGUUUUUUCUCUGCCUAUCACAGUAAAAUACCCAAAGCUCCAGGAUUUGAGAAACGAAACAAAUUGUAUCAGCUCUUUAAUUAUGUAAACCACUGGAACCAUUUUGGGACAGGGUACAGGGGAUCUACCCUAAACGUAAUGAGAAAACUUCUCAAGUAACUACACAGGUCUGAGAAAUUCUGACAUAGUCCCUCAGUAACGAACAGCCCCUGUCUAUCAGAAGUAACACAAACUAGGAAUCAAUGUUGACACUAAAACAGCUGAUGUGUAGAAGGCUUAGUAUGCUUUUGAGCCUUAUACACUAGUUAACUAGCACAGAUUCAUACCCUGCUGAAGGAAAAGACUGCAUUGUUUGUGAAGGCUCCACUGGGUUGGAAAAGUACCCUGACAGCCUAACCUCACCCUCCAUAGAGAGUCUCACUUCAUAGCUGCUGCAUUUCCACAGUUGUUUGCUUAUUGCCACUUCUGCUGCUGCUCUGUCAGCAGUUCAUUAUUGAGAGCUACUGUUGUGGGAUUGCGGUGCUGGAAGUAGUAACUAGUUCUUUACCUCUCCCCUUUUUUGUUCUGUUUUAGUUUUCUGCCUCUGUUUCCAUCCUUUUUCCCAUUUAUUUUUCUGUCAUCUUUUCUUUCCCAUGUUAAGUGUCCUAAUCCAAAAUUUAAAUCAGAUUCUAUGAAUCUAAAAAUGAAACCAUUCUCUUUUUGAUUGAAAGAGUAGACAAGGCCCUUUGGACUGCACUUGGCAAGCAUGUAUAAUUAAUGAUAUUUCUAAUAUUUAUUUUAAUUUAAUGUAAUUUACUUAUAUGCUUUUGUUUUUCUCUUGCUAUGAGAAAUUAAAUUACAGUGGUAUUUCAUAAAAGGGAUGUCUCUGGAGUUCCUUGGUAAUUAACUGUAUGGUCAGAAAGUGGGUUGUUAGCACACAGGUUUGAUAAUAACGUAUCAUAGUUUUAGUAUGAUAUUUUAGUGUGUUAUACUAUGAUGGCAACAUAGUGAAAUAACUUUUAAAAAGAUAGUAAAAAGUAGGAGGGAGGCUUACUGUUUUGAUGACAAGAAAGCAUCUGUUGCUGCUGUGUUGGUUGGUGCUUGAUGUAUUUAAAAUAAUGUACAGUAGGCAAAGCUAGUCUGUUCUGCCACUGCUGGAUUAUUGAAGGAACAGUGUCAAUUUAGAGGUCUUUAUAAUGUUUUUUAAUAUUCCUAACGGCUUUAUUUUUACAGAAAAUGUAGGCAGUGAGAAUUUGGGGAGAAAACUGUGCAACAAAGAUAUUGGCAUACAAUGUGAGCUAGAGAACAUUAGCAAGUCCAUGGUUUUUUUUUUUAACGGAAGAAAGCGGUAAAGAAAGUAAAUGUAAGUGCAGUCCAACAAAUGCUUAUGUGAAUCAGAAGGUUUGAAUAAGAAUGACUGAACUUAUAUAUUUAGGCUUCAGACAGGUGUUGUGACUAAUACCUAAAAUAUUCAAAAAUGCUCAAAUAUGUUUAGACUUUUUUUCAACUUUGAAUGGCUGUACUAUAAAGAUUUCAUAAAGUUUAAAGUUAGAUGUUGUAUUUGAUAUGAUUUUAAAAAAUGCAUUUUAUUCUCUAUAAUACAAAUAGUUAAUUUUUUUUACUUCCUUUGAAUUUGGGCUACAAUUGGAUGUGGUUAUAACACUUAAUACAAUUGUAACAGUGGAAAAGUGGAAUAAUAGAGUUAGAAUACAGCUGAAACUGCAGCUGAUAGCUAGAAGAUCCAGGUCUGAGAAAGCAGCAAAGUGCAUGCAUACUAGUAUUUGUUAAUGUUAACAAAAAUACAUGUAUUACAUUGGAAAGUACGUGUGAACUUACGAUUUCUCCUUCUCAAAUAAAAUACUUGCCUUGCAGAAACUA